AUGAUGACAACUGCGGGGGCGCGGAGGCACGCCACUCGGAGCGUACUCAUACAUCCUCAUCAACAUGUUCACGAGGUAUGUGCAAUGUUCGACCAAGGCAAAUCCACGAAAGGCGCGAGCAAGCUUCGACGCGACCUGAUCAAUGCAGAGAUCGCCAACCUUCGGGAUCUCCUGCCCCUGCCUCCCUCCACACGACAGAGGCUCUCCCAGCUCCAACUUAUGGCGCUGGUCUGCGUCUACGUCAGGAAAUCCAACUAUUUUCAACAAG